UCAAACUACUUCAGCUUUUAUCAUUUAAUACGAGACAGGCUGUGAAUAUUCGAACAACCGGUUAUUGGGUAUCGAUAGCGCUUUAUUAAAGAAACUACCGAAAGCAUUACUUUGCACUCGAGUUUAUUUGUGCGGGGUAUUAAAAUUAAAUUGCGUGCAUACAGAAAUCAAGUGAAAGAGUUUUAUAUAUGGCCAAUUAAGAUGUUGUUAAACUUAAUGGUUAGACGAGAUAUUAGACGAAGUUGAGAGGAGCAUUUACAAACUGUGAUCAACGUGACGUGAAAUACGAAAGCGUUCGAUGAUAAUUAAAAACAUGUGUGUAAUAAAAAAAUAUAAAUAACUAUAUACGCGCACAUGGAUAUAUAUCAGUGUACAUGAUGAAAUGGUUGUUAUGAUUUGCUGCUUACGGUAAAUAUAUCGGACUCACAGAGAAUACGCGCAAUAUAUUUGGAAGGCUUUGAAGAAGAAACAGAGAACAUUUAAAUGUACUUGUUUGUUUGUGUCCAGUCUGUACACUUAUCUAAACCAUACUAUAACAGUUGUCUGAUGUGCGUCUUUGAUUUCAGUUUUAAUAGACAUUUAAAGUGCAAUAUAUUUUGCAUCAUUCAUGAUCAUUCUGAUUAACAAAAACGAUGGCAACUAUAUCAUAUGUGAGCUUCAAUAUUUCAACAACGAGGGACUUCCUUCCGGUUCACAUCCAUCGCCCGCAUAUACAAAUACAGUUGCCGGACAGUAGCCUGUAUUCGGAUGAGAUGCGACAGUGCCAAGAGAUGUACGACCGGCUGCAACUGGAGAAAUCAUCCAAUGACGUGGGCAUCCUUUCUACGCCAUUUCCUUUACUUCGGGGCCAUACCAUGAUAACCCAAUCACGCCCGCUCACUUAUUCACUCCGGAAAACAGCGAAAACCGCGCGGCCGGUGUCAAUACGCUCCGCGCCCGCGUUAACUUUAAAAGUGGAUACUUUCUUGAACGACAAUUCAGACACAUUAGUGGAUUUAAUUCCGAAACAAAUUCCUGAUAAGCAGGCAACGGAAAACAGAAAUGGUGCUAUUGAUAACGACUAUGAUGAGCCUGGUCAACACAGAAAUCGUGCAAGAUUCGGACCAGAAGAACUUUGUGAGUAUUUGGAGCAAAAUGGCUUCGGUCUGCCGAAAAUGGUCAAUACAAACUACUUGUAUAGACGCGGUGGUCAAUCUUUUCCAAGAAACUAUAAAAGCAGACCGCUGCCUCGAAAUCCAUCGAAACGGGAAAAGAUCAAAGGUCGAGCUCGGCUGGACCAAGAAAUGGCCAACCUAAGGGCACUUGCUUUCUGUGAACAGCAAACGCAGACAAAAACGUUCCGAACAGCGUCGGCGAACAUGCGAAACCGGGACGUUCUUUUGAUGGAGGAAGAGUUGAAAGAAAACAUGCAACGUGAUGGGUUUGAUGACAACAUUUAUGAUGACGACGAUGAUGACAAAACAAGUAUUGUACGCAUGCCCAUUAAACAGGAAGAGCUCUUCUUGAGGAUAAACAACUGGGUAUCGGACGUGGAGAGCACCUGUCGUGUGUACAAUUAUCCACAUGACCAUGAAAGAGAUGGCGUCACGAAGUGAAAAUAGAUACUAAAUGUAAUCGCUACGCAAUCAUUAGUUUUACUCAGAACACGCUUAUUCUUUAGAUACUAUCAUUUUGUUCAUAUAUCGUUUAUAAUUAUGUGUUAAUGACUAACAUCAUUUUGCCACACACAAAAAACUUAUCACGCUGAGCACAUAUUCUGUUUGAAAGAGUAAGUAUACCCCCACAACUGCUCAUUUGGUCAUUUCGGCUCAGGUACUACUUAAGAUGUAUCAUGGGUACUCUUAAGUAUACUGCAAACUACCCUGGGUACGGGAAAUAUACUAAACGUACCACGGAGUAUGGCAGUAUGCCUUUACGCGUAUUUGUCGUACCCUGGGUACAUUGUAGUAUACUUAAAGGUACCCAGGUACUUUUAAGUAGUACCUUAGUCGACAUUACCAAUACCAGUACCUAUGGGCUGCAUUGGAAUCACUUUAUACCUUGCGUCCAUCGGAUAUGUCUAUCCUGAUAAGUGUCAUGUUUGAUCUCAGAAGUCAAACUUCAACAAAUGAGUCAAGUGUACGAAAUAUGCCAUUGUUUUUAUUCAGAUAUGUCUUACAAAUUUCGCGUUGCAUUUCCUAGGGCAACACACUACAUUAAAUAGAUACGUAUAAACAGCUACAAUAACAA